AUGAAUGCAUCAUCAUCUCUUGUAGAGGAUAAUCGAGCCAGAAGUCCUCCACGCCGAAGCAGCCAAGAAAAUAUAAGAUUUCGAGGGAGAGCAAUAAAACUGAAGAGUAAUCCUUUAUUUCGAUUCAACUAUUUUGCCGCAUGCUAUAACACAAACUAUAACAUGGUCAAUGGAGUAAGAUUCAAAAAUAUCCAACGGAACAGAUUUUACUAUUGGCUUUAUCCUUUAUUUAGAGUCAGAUAUAUAGUUGUCAGUCUCGCACUUAGUUUUGUACCUUUUUUCAACCUGUUGUGACUGUUAAUUUUGAUCGCUCUCUGGGGAAUUUAUGAAAAAGGCCAUAGAGUCUAUAAAGACAACAGAAAGCAGGUCGAGAAUCCUUUUGAAAGAAUGGUUUACAACCCAGAAAUGUGUGAAAAAUACAGGUGCAUGAAUAAGUUUUUAGAGGUCCCUGUGGAAUAUAUUCAGAAUGAAGAGAUCAAAGCAUCAGUCAGGGAUGGAAGAGUUCAGAUAAUGAUUUACAAUGACAAAUUUAAGGCGAUGUUUUAUGGAUUUACUAAAUACAGAUGAAUUCAUAUCACUCAUAUAUGCUUAAGCAUCAGCAUUAUUUUGGCAGAUUACCUUUUGCUUUAUCACUUCGUGGAUUUUGAUCCAGCAAAUCCCAGUGGGAUCUAA